GACUAGUCUUAUCAAACCAUCUUUUGUAUUUUGAAAGAAAUGGAGAUACUUCAUGUCUUUUGUCCUUCUUUACUUCUGAUAACAGUUAUGAAAUGUUCUGCAGCAGCCCCAGCAAUGUAUGCAUUGCUGAAGACAUCCAACUGGAGAGAUUUUCAUAUUGCACAGGAAUAUCUUGACAAGUAUUAUACACAGAAAGGAAGACACCAGGUUGGGGAGAUGGCAACAGGUGGCAGUUCCAUAACAAGGAAAAUUAGAGAAAUGCAAGCAUUCUUUGGUCUUCAGGCUACCGGGAACUUGGACUAUAACACUAUAAGUGUAAUGAAGAGGCCACGCUGUGGUGUCCCUGAUAUGGCAAACUACCGCCUGUUUCCAGGAGAGCCCAAAUGGAAAAAAAAUACAUUGACCUACAGAGUAUCCAAAUACACUUCCAGUUUGAGUCAUGCAGAGGUGGAUAAGGCAGUAGAGAUGGGGUUAAAAGCAUGGAGUAAUGCAGCCCCUUUGGACUUUGUGAGAGCAAACACAGAAGAAGCAGAUAUUAUGAUAUCAUUUGAAACUGGAGAUCAUGGUGACUCCUACCCAUUUGAUGGCCCACGUGGGACUCUGGCACAUGCUUUUGCACCUGGUGAAGGAUUAGGCGGGGACACUCAUUUUGACAAUGCAGAGAAGUGGACAAUGGGAACAAAUGGAUUUAAUUUAUUCACUGUUGCUGCUCAUGAAUUUGGUCAUGCGUUGGGGCUCGGACAUUCUACUGAUCCAUCUGCUUUGAUGUAUCCCACCUACAAAUACCAGUCUCCAUUUGGAUUCCGCCUGCCAAAGGAUGAUGUAAAAGGGAUCCAGAAAUUGUAUGGACCUCGGAAAUCUCGGGCAGAAGGGCCCAAGGCACCACAGAACCCUCCUACAAACCCAUCAGGUCCAUCAAACCCAGAUCACUGUGAUGCUACCUCAUCAUUUGAUGCUGUCACAAUGCUGGGGAAAGAACUUCUGUUCUUCAGAGACAGGUUCUUCUGGAGGAGACAGGCUCAGCUGACAACAAACGUCUGGCCAAACACUAUCACUGGCUCCUUUCCUCAGCUUAUGGGAAAUGUGGAUGCUGCUUAUGAAGUUGCUGAGAGAGGAGUGGCUUAUUUUUUUAAAGGUCCUCAUUAUUGGGUAACUCGAGGAUUUCAAAUGCAGGGAUCUCCUCGGACCAUCUCAGACUUUGGGUUUUCAAGAAAAGUUCAGCACAUUGAUGCAGCUGUCCACCUAAAAGAUGAAAAGAAGACACUCUUCUUUGUGGGAGAUGAAUACUACAGUUAUGAUGAAGCAAAAAUGAGGAUGGAAAAAGAUUAUCCAAAGAGUGUUGAUGAAGAGUUCACAGGAAUCACAGGGAAAAUAGAUGCAGCAGUGGAAGUGAACGGAUUCAUUUACUUCUUUUCUGGCCCUAAAGCUUAUAAAUAUGACAGAGAGAAGGAAGAUGUGGUUAAUAUUGUGAAAGCCAGUUCCUGGAUUGGUUGCUAAACAAACGCUGAGACAGAUCACAAGUGAAGGUGGAAGAAACUGAAUGUUUCCUGAGAAGAACUGAAUGUUUCCCCUGAGAAGAACAUUUUGCAGGGUGAAUGUUAUAGCUUAGCCCAGAAAACUAUUAAAAUAAAUACGUUACUACAGUAUUGGAAAGUGUAGCAGUCUCAUCUUAGAAAGUCCUGAUCACAUGAAUUUUGUAAGUCUGUCCAUAGAUAGAAUUAAUUCUAAAUUAAAUUAAAUAAGAAAUCCUUUCUGACCAGUCUUCAGUGGCCCAUGUGAAAUAAAUUGUUCAAUGGCCAGGUGCUCCAGUGAGAGAACUACAACUGUAACUGAUAUGAACUGACUCCUCCUGCUGGUAUCACCAGAGACACCCCUAAAAAAUGUGAAGGAAAAACUACAGUGCUUUGCUAGAAAUGUCCCUACCAUGUCAAAUGAGACAGAAUGGUACAGGGAAGUUGGCACUACUGAUGUCUAUGCUUUCGCACCUGUCAUCAGCCCAGCUUUUAUUAAUGGCAGAAGGGAUGUCUGAACAAAUUUGUUCAUCCUACAGACUAUAUCUUAUUUUGUGUUGCUUUGUGCAUGAGAUUAUUUACAGAAAUGACACAACUAUUCAGUUAGCAAGUGUAGGCUGAAGUACUGACACACUUGAUUGAUAGCCCAGAGAUCUCAAGUUUGAGGCCACAGCAGAAGUGCUCAUGGUACAGACCUGUCAGAUUUCAACGAAAUCUGUGAGUUCUGUGAAAUACUUUGUCACAAGAAUACAAAAAGGAAGAAAGUUAGCAAGAAGCAACACUGGGAGAUUUGUAUAUUGCAUGAAUAUGAACAAUAAACAAUCAUGAUACAGUC